GGCCCUAACACGCUUGUGCGUUUUGUGUAGACCAUAAUCUUAGUUCAUGCCCGCUUUGCCCAGUGGGUCCACAAUAAUUCAACAGGUACGUUUUUGGUUAACAGUGUGGACUCCUACCACCCACUGUCGAUGUGGUAACGCCACACCAUCCACACUGGUCAUUAGUAUAAGACGUCCCCGUUAACCAAGGUAUGAUACCUCACACCCAACGAUGAAAACCUCCCUCCCUCAAAAUAACCCAGGUGGCAGUGUUGAUGCUGCUCCACCAACUUCUGUGCGCGCCCAACCUUCGUCAAUUCUCGUGCCGUUCCGACUAAUCGUACCCGAACAGAAAACACCGCGACUUCUCUCCGGUCGUUAUCUCCACAUGCGUCAGUCAGGCUCUGCUGCUAUGCAUGAAGACCUACUUGAUGAGGACGAAACUGACCAAACGUACGUUGCUCUCACAUGCGGUGUUGUUUUUCUUUACGUGAUUGACAACUCUCUACUGAACAGAAAAUACAACGAUGGUCGGUCUUUCGGAGAAACCCUCAAAUUUAUUUCAGUCCCUCAAGACCCAGCCGUAGGAGAAACUCUGUCUGACAUCUGUGCCGAGCACGAUUCUGAUAGCGUCAUUGUUGAAGCUACAGCAACGUUUCAGCAUUCACAAUUAUCUGUGUCUUCCGUGACAUCGGGUGUGUCUGCCACAAUCGCUACGUUGGCCAAACAUUGUCCGCCACAGAUCGGAUGGAAGGCAAAGACGAAACGACAGUACGGUUCGCUGGAAGAGGACAAUCCUCCUAGGAUAGCUAGGAAACAACGUCAGCUUUUGAGCUGGGGCCGUCCGCGACAAGAAGAAGUCCUGCUCGCAUGGCUCACUCACGCUCUGGUGCCUUCUGAUGUACAUGCCCAGCCUGCCCAGGACAAAAAAAUCGCUCAAGAUCCAUGCGACUCGGAAGUAGAGAAUGCCUCGUGGCGAUCCAUCUCACAUGUAUCGGUCAAACGACGCAAGACUGCACAUGUGACAUCCAUAUCAAAGGAGGAGCGACGGUCUUGCUGGCUCACUCGCCCUUUGCGCACAACUUGGACAUCUGGAACCCCGGCUCAGGAGGAUCUGCCACAUUCAAAUUCCCCACUCGAUCACAGCCGAACUCUACCGGUCCCUGCAGUACGAUUCACCAGUGCGUACGCAUCGUGCUUUGCAAAUGCGCACCGUCAACCUAGCAUUAUCCGCUGGAAGCUGGCUUGAUUCCCUACUGCCAAGCGUCGGAGAUAUAAAAAAUUGUAAAUACGUCAAGUGCAUCGACGAGAUUCGCCGCAACUUCCUGUCCUAAGCGACUCACGAAGCUGGUUAUCAAUAGACAGUAUCAGCCAUGCGGAUGCCAUCAUCAUCCGGCAUUCAUCGCGGAGCGCGGCCGCAGUUUGUGGCAUUCUUUGGUGACCGAACUCCCC